AUGUCUGCGCAGCCUGUGACCAACCCCCAGGCGCAAGUCAACCAGCCCCUCUCCAUGCCCGCUUCCCCUAGCCCCAAGCCUGCCAUGGCUCCCCCGAUGGCCUCCCCGCCUACUCUGCCGGUUCGCACGACGAGGGCUGUCCCUGUGUCGGCGGUGGAGCAGCCCCCACCUCCCCGCCCCCUUCGCCACCCUCGUUUGGCCGCUGCGGGCCCGGCUUCUCUUCCCCGCCGCCGUUGGGCGGUCGUCACCCUUCUGCUGCAGGAAGCUGGGGCUACGCCUGGCGAGGCUCUCCAGGUCCCGCGACGCUCGUAUGCCCGGCUGUUGUUAUCCUGGCCCUCUGCUGAUGUCGCUGUGGCCUUCCGCUGCCUCUUCCCGCUCUCCCUAAGGCUCGCCUCAGCCCGGACCGUCCUGCUGAAGGCGUAUGAUGACCCUCAUCCCGAGUUUACCGCUUCUAAGGCUAACGGAACGACCACGCUCUCUGUCCGCAACGUCCCCAUCAGUUAUGACCCGGAUGACAUCAAGGAGUUCCUACUUGACGCCACGACGGAGGAUGGCGUGCCAUGGCUUGAGAAUCUCCACCACUUCCACCGGGUUUCGGACCCCUUCGAGGUCACGAUCAUGGAUGGCAUUCCGAUACCAUGCCCCGACGACCCCAACUUCAAGCGCAUUCUGGCGUCCAUCCCGCUGGAGGAAGGAGGCUUGCCCAUGUUGCUCAACUUCUCUUCUCAUCCGUGCACCUUCUGUGCGAGCAAUCACCAGGAUGCGGAUCUUCAUGCCAAUGAGUCCCUCCUCCCCCUUUCGUAUGAGGCGUUGGACUCCCUGCCCGUGCUCUCUCCUCCCAUCUGCCACACUUCUAAGAUUCUCCCUGCUUUUCCAGCCCCCCCCCGCUGUUACUCCUCUGCUCCAUGUAGCUUUCACCCCUCCUCUCGCACCCCACUGUCCAUCGUGCUCUGUCCAGCCUUCCUUGCCGCCCCUGGGUUCAGAGAUUUUCCAGCAACCUUUCUUUACCAACCUAUGGCAGGCCAGAUCCUUGGCGCUCAUGCUGUGCCAGUGUCGUUCUGCAACGACCCUGGCUUGCUCUUCAUUGGGCUCGAUUCCCUCGCCGAACCCUAUACCUGCGUCCUCUGCGAUUUCUGCUGCGGAAAGGCCCUCGACAGUGCUAUGUCUCACAUGGCCUCUGGUCCACAUGCUGCGCAGCUGCGCACCACCUCCCACCUCCCUCCGGCCAAGGAAAAGUACAGCACUUGGCGUGCUUUAACCCUGCUCGAGCAGCCGUGCAUUGCAGCCUUCCUGCAUGCCUGA